UGCUCUAAAUCUAAUGAUCAAAACCUCCAGUUCUCACUCAUGGCUCUCUGCCAUUUUCCAUCCUUGUUCACUCGUCCCCACAAUUUCAACAACCCACAUCUCAAAUGGAGAACCCAUCAGUUCCCACUUCACCGAAAUCUCAUUUUCGCUUCCUCUGCUGAGAAAUCAAGCAGAAAGAAAGGGAAGGUUUCAAAGCCAAGCAAGAGCAAUGAGGAUCUUUGCACUGAGCUCCGAGAGUUUAUGUCAGUGGCGGGGUUUCCUGAGAAUCGCUUGCCCACGAUGAAGGAGCUUUCGGAAUGUGGAAGGAAAGACCUUGCUAAUAGUGUGAGGCGUAGAGGAUACAAGGUAGUCAGAGCACUCCUCAUAAAUUCAUUUAAAAAUUUGAGUGAUACAGAGAAAUCUUCAAUAGAAGAACCAAAUUUCAAAAAUGCUUGCAGUGAGGAGGCCUCAGAAGUAAAAGGGAGGGAUCUGGUAGAGUCUGCUGAAUAUUUCUCAUCAACAAGUGGCUCUUCUAUGAUGGAAACAUACAUGGUUAGGACAAAUGAUGCAGCAGCUUCUGACAUUUCUGUUCAAGUUUGCAGUUCUUCAGAAUCAUUUAUUGCAUGCUUGCAUUCGAGGGCUGCAAACUUUGUGGAGACUGGGAAGUUGGAUGUAUUUGAAGACAUAGUUCACUCUGUAGAAACUUCUGAGAUAGGAAGUGGGGAAAUUCCCACUGAUUCUGAAGCUGUCGAGAUGGGAAGUGGUGAGAUGCCCACUGCUUCUGAAGCUUUUGAGAUGAGAAGGGGGGAAACACACGCUGAUGCUGAGCAUAAAUCUGGCAGCGUAAGCUCCACCAGUACUGAUAAUAUUGCUUAUGUGGGUUCUCAGGAGGUUCCUUCCUUACCACAACAGAUUUAUAGGGAUCGGUUAAUAACCGAACAAGGAUUAGAAGGGGCAGGCAAUGCUGAAAAAUUUACUUCUGAGAUGGAUAGUGAAAGGAUCAACCGAGCUGAAAUCGACCAUUUAAAGGCCAUGCUGCGUCAAAAAGAGGUGGAGCUACUUGAGUUAAAACGACAUAUUGAAAUGGAGAAGCAAGCUUUGUACACUCUGCAAGAUAAGGCAAACAAAGGGAUAUUCAAUGCACACAGAAUGGCAACAGAAAAGGACAUGGAACUCCAUGUAGCAGAGGAAAGCCUUUCUGGACUUAAGGAGGUUCUGAUUGAAUACUGGGGAAAUGGUGAAAUUGUGGAAGUUGCUGGAAGUUUUAAUGGUUGGCAUAAUCGAAUAAAAAUGGACCUGCAUACAUUAUCUGAACAAUUAGAACCACUUUCAAGAGGCUUGAAACUUUGGUCAACAAUUUUAUGGCUCUAUCCUGGAAUUUAUGAGAUCAAGUUCAUUGUUGAUGGUACAUGGAAAGUUGAUCCAAAUCGGGAGAUGAGUACCAGUUGUAACAUAACGAAUAACAUUCUCAGGGUUGAUAGAUGAUAAAUCUUUCCAUUUUAGUAGCUGCAACCAAGGUAAUUCUACCUUUUCCCUGUUAUAAUAGCGUUCAUAAGUCAUAAUUAAAUCUAUUUCAUUUUAAAGGAAAAGGUAGUAAGAGAUCCUUGAAAGAGGUGAGGCACUCCUUUUUUGUCGAUCAAUAUUCUUCUUGUGUUUCUUCUUGGUUUCUGUUAUUUCAAUCUGCUUUCUGGGUCAUAUAAAUCUGAGCUUACGACAUUUGGGAAAGAUUUUUUUAAUAUAUUCAUUGCUGAAAAAUAACGGUUUACAAAAAUCCAUUUCUUUUUGGUAGCCAAAUUCCUUGUCUUGUUUCCAAAAGACUGAAAGAGCACCAGAACUCUUAUGAGAGAAUCGUGAAACUCUAAGGAAUAUAUAGGACAGUUUUGACUCAAAAUGUACCAGGAACUCAAGGGAAAUUAUUUGGGGUAUCUGCAAAAGGUUGUUGAAGUCUUGUGUAACACCACUGGAGAUUGUGGGAUACAUAAUCAAGUAUGUCCCUAUUCCUUUAUGUUCUCUUGUUGUUUAUUCUUAAAAUCUCUUUGAUGGUGUAUUGUUUCAAGAUGGUUUUCGUUGUGUGAAAGCUUGUGAAAAUUUAACUUUGCAUGCUCACACACAGUAUACUCAGACAUAGCAAGUUUGUUAUUUAACCCUAUUAAAGUUCAUAUCUUGCUAUGAAAUUGGAUAAUUUAUCCUGUUCUUAUGAUUUACAUGAUUUGGGAGUUUAUAAGCAUCAAUCAUGCAUUUCAAAUGUGUUUUUCACAUGCAUCAUGUGGUUGCAAAACAAACUGUUUUUGAGAAA